CUGCUCCGCGGCUCCUCCUUCCGCGCGCUUCUUCCGGGUGGGCUGGAGCAGGGGCCAAGGCCAUGGCUCUCAGGGCGCUGCUCAGCCCUGGGGUGCUGGUGCGGACUGGGCACACCGUGCUGACCUGGGGAAUCACGCUGGUGCUCUUCCUGCACGACACCGAGCUUCGCCAAUGGGAAGAGCAAGGGGAGCUGUCCCUGCCCCUCACCUUCCUGCUCCUGGUCCUGGGCUCCCUGCUGCUCUAUCUGGCUGUGUCGCUCAUGGACCCGGGCUAUGUGACAGCUCAGCCCCAGUCUCAGGAGGAGCCUAAGGAGGAACAGGCAGCUAUGGUACCUCAGGCUAUCCCACUUCGGCGGUGCAGAUACUGCCUGGUGCUGCAGCCCCUGCGAGCCCGACACUGUCGCGACUGCCGCCGCUGUGUUCGCCGCUAUGACCACCACUGUCCCUGGAUGGAGAACUGUGUGGGUGAGCGCAACCACCCACUCUUCGUGGCCUAUCUGGCGCUGCAGCUGGUGGUUCUCCUGUGGGGCCUGUAUCUGGCAUGGUCCGGCCUCCGGUUCUUCCAGCCCUGGGGGCUGUGGCUACGGUCCACGGGGCUCCUGUUUACCACCUUCCUGCUGCUUUCUUUCUUCUCGUUGGUGGUCGGCCUGCUCCUAGCCUCGCACCUCUACCUGGUGGCCAGCAACACUACUACCUGGGAGUUCAUAUCCUCACACCGAAUUGCCUACCUCCGCCAGCGCGCCAGCAACCCCUUUGACCGAGGUCUGACUCGAAACCUGGCCCACUUCUUCUGUGGGUGGCCCUCUGGGCCCUGGGAGACCCUCUGGGCUGAAGAAGAGGAGGAAGGCAGUAGCCAGGCUGUCUAGGGUGGCUGAAGAGAAGGUGCCAUUGUGCCUAAAAUCCGGAGGCUGUGCCCCCAGAGACCAGCCUCGUCAGCCUGAGCUCUUUACUCCUCCUCAGAGCUCUCAGCCCUCAGCAGAGCAGCAGACAGAACCACCCCCACCCAAACAAGGAAAGGAUGUAAGUUGGGGGAGGGGGACUUGACACAAAGAGAACCCACACUCCACCAUGAGCCCUGGCCUGGCUACCUCGAAUGUAUAGUUUUAUUAAUUUAAUACUCUAUAAAGGCAAGUAUUAAAAGGUAAA